CCUGCGACACUUCAGAUUUCGCUGACAGUUCUUUAUUGAUAAAUUUCUGCUUCCUCCCACUCAAUAAUAUUUUCAGGCUUCAGGGGUUCUGGAGCAUCUUAUUCUUGAUAUCAACGCUUAAUACCCUCGGAAUUAACAAUGGCUCUAAAAGCACAAGUGGGUCAGAAGAUAAUGAAUGAAGUGAUAAAACAAAAGGCAACCAAAAAGGGUAAUCAACCACCGGGUCAUGGGGUUGAAUGGAGGGUUCUUAUCGUAGAUCAACUGGCAAUGAGAAUGGUAUCUGCAUGUUGUAAGAUGCACGAUUUAUCAGCUGAAGGAAUUACUCUCGUGGAAGAUAUCAACAAGAAACGAGAACCGUUGACAACGAUGGAAGGUGUUUAUCUCAUAACUCCAUCGCAAAAGUCUGUUAAUGCUCUUAUGAGAGAUUACGAAGGCCCGAGGCUCAUGUACAAAGCGGCCCAUGUUUACUUCACAGAAGUUUGCCCGGAGGAACUGUUCAAUGAGCUGUGCAAAUCUGCUGCUGCGAAAAAGAUCAAAACGUUGAAAGAAAUCAAUAUUGCCUUCCUACCGUACGAAUCACAAGUGUUCUCCUUAGAUUCACCAGAUACCUUUCAAUGCAGUUAUGAUCCGACAUUUGCUGCUGCUCGUAAUGCCAACAUGGAAAGAAUGGCGGAGCAAAUAGCCACCCUUUGUGCUACCUUGGGCGAAUAUCCUUCAGUUCGCUAUCGAGCCGACUGGGAAAGGAAUGUUGAGCUGGCUCAGUUGAUCCAACAAAAAUUGGAUGCGUAUAAAGCCGAUGAGCCUACGAUGGGGGAAGGUCCGGAGAAGGCCAGAUCGCAGUUGCUUAUUUUAGAUAGGGGUUUCGACUGUAUAUCGCCACUUUUGCAUGAAUUAACCUUCCAAGCCAUGGCAUACGAUCUCCUUCCCAUCGAAAACGACGUGUACAAAUACGAGGCCUCUGCCGGCGUUCAGAAAGAGGUCCUGCUCGACGAGAACGACGAGCUGUGGGUCGAGCUACGCCAUCAGCACAUCGCAGUCGUAUCGCAGAACGUCACUAAGAACCUGAAGAAAUUCACCGACUCUAAACGUAUGACGGCCAGCGAUAAACAGUCGAUGAAGGAUCUUUCGCAGAUGAUCAAAAAGAUGCCUCAGUACCAGAAGGAGCUGUCCAAGUACGCCACUCACUUGCACCUCGCCGAGGACUGCAUGAAGGCCUAUCAGACCUACGUCGAUAAACUCUGCAAGGUCGAGCAGGAUCUGGCCAUGGGGACUGACGCUGAAGGUGAAAAAAUCAAGGAUCACAUGCGCAACAUCGUCCCCAUCCUGCUGGAUCCCAAGAUCGACAACGAGUACGACAAGAUGAGGAUCAUCGCGCUGUACGCGAUGACCAAGAACGGCAUAACGGAGGAGAACCUGUCCAAACUGGCGACGCACGCGCAGAUCAAGGACAAGCAGACCAUAGCCAAUCUCCAGCUCCUGGGCGUGAACGUCCUGAGCGACGUGGGCGUCAGGAAGCCCAAACAGUACACGGUGCCGCGCAAGGAGAGGAUCACCGAACAGACGUAUCAGAUGUCCAGGUGGACGCCCGUCAUCAAGGACAUCAUGGAGGAUUGCAUCGAGGACAAGCUGGACCACAAGCAUUUCCCGUUUUUGGCCGGCAGGGCGCAGACCACCGGUUACCACGCGCCCAGCAGCGCCCGAUACGGACAGUGGCACAAAGACAGAGGUCAACAGACUGUCAAGAACGUCCCACGACUCAUAGUAUUCAUAGUUGGCGGGAUGAGUUUCUCAGAGGUUCGAUGCGCAUACGAAGUGACAGCCGCUGUCAAAAAUUGGGAGGUUAUCAUCGGCUCCUCCCAUGUCCUGACGCCGGAGGGCUUCCUCAGCGACCUGGCCACUUUGACCGGGUAGAAAACAAGUAAGAAAAACGUUACAUUCACCCUCGAUACAAAUUGACCGAAUUGUUUGUCUCCGAGUAUAUUCCAGGCAUAUCUGACCAAAGAGGAGUUACCAUUUAUCGUUGUUGAAAUUUAUGUAACUGAUAAUUAACCGUAUCCUUGGAUAUUCCCGGUGUAACCCGACUAAUUGUUAGAGUGUACUAAAUUCCUCUUUACACUAUACCUGUUAUAUAUUCCUUGUUUGUUCUUUUAUUCAAAGUAUAUUUUAUUCGCACUUAUCUAUGAAAAUGAGCAUUUUCAACUUCCAGGAAUUUUUCUUUGGCAAAUAUUAAAAGUGUAGCUACCUUUUCAGGAAGUUUUUAGUAUCUAGUCAUGCUUUUAAUAAACAGCUGAAGGGAUGGAUUGUAUCGAAUAGCUUCUUCCGGAUCUUUUUCUUCGCCCAAAGACUUGAAUGGCCUAAGUAUUUUAAUUUGAACGGUUUCGCUCGAGGUAGUUUCUUUGAGAAUUUUGAAAUUUCUUCUCCGUUGAACGUCGCUGUGAUUUUCCUUGUAUACUGUCGGUUAUUUCAUUUUUCUUCGGUAGAUUCGGGGUUUCAGAAUGACGAAUACAUUCCAGUAUUUUUAUUUAGUAUUGUACAUAAGUAUCGUUUUAGUGAACUUCUAUGAUUAUUCGGAAUUUGGAAUUUUUCCUAGUCGACCACGUUUCAACUGGAUUUUUAUGGGGAUUUUCUGGAUAUAUCUGUCAAUUAAAAGGAACUGAAUUGGAAUUUAACGUGGGGGACUCGUUCGUACUGUUAGAAAGAAGAACACUUGUUCACUUUGCCUGUCUGUUGAAAAAUAUAUUUCUUCACUUGAUUUUUCUCAACAUUGGAAUGAAAUGUUGAGCAAUCGUAUCAGAUGUCGAUAUAACGUUAGUGAUUGUAGUCGGUGUUUUUAUGAGGACUUUCUGAAGUUACAAUCCAUUUAUGUGUGUUCAUAAUUAUUCGAUGCUUUCUACUAUUAUUUAAUGAUUUAGAGCUUUAAUUAAUGUUGCUGGAUAUAUAUAUGAUAAAUUAUUAAGCUGAUGUAGAUUAAAGAGUAGUCGAUAUUUAA